UCCCUCAAAGUUUCUUUCUUCACAAAAGCUUCAAGCUUUGGCAUUGACAAUGGCAAUGGCAAUGGGGAAGUUGUUGAUAUAUUGCAUGGUUGUUUUCUUAGGUUUGGCGUUGAGCGAUGUUGUUUCAGGGCAAGGAGAGAACCCUUUUUUGCCUGAUGGUGGGAAGAGAAGAGAAAUGGUGCCUGCGAUGUUCGUGUUCGGAGAUUCUCUCAUCGACAAUGGCAACAACAAUGAACUUCCUUCUUUUGCAAAGGCUAACUAUUUCCCUUAUGGGAUCGACUUCAAUGGCGGUCCUACCGGUCGUUUCUCCAAUGGUUAUACCAUGGUUGACGAAAUUGCUGAGCUGCUUGGGCUUCCAUUGAUUCCUGCAUACUCUGAAGCUUCCGGCGAUCAAGUUCUUCACGGUGUCAACUACGCCUCCGCGGCCUCCGGGAUCCUUGACAUCACCGGAAGAAACUUUGUGAGUCGAAUACCAUUUGAUCAACAAAUUCGGAAUUUCCAGACCACAUUGGAUCAGAUUACGGACAAUCUGGGUGCAAUCGAUGCAGCAGAAGCACUUGCUAAAUGCAUUUUCUUUGUUGGGAUGGGAAGCAAUGAUUACCUCAACAAUUACCUUAUGCCUAAUUACCCGACCAAAGAUCAGUACAAUGGUCAACAAUAUGCUGAUCUCUUGGUUCAAAAAUACACUCAGCAACUCAGGACGCUUUACAAUCUGGGAGCACGUAAGUUUGUGUUAGCGGGGUUAGGAAGAAUGGGGUGUAUUCCAAGCAUUUUAGCACAGAGCACAGCCGAUGGCUGCUCGGAAGAAGUGAACCAGCUGGUUCUACCUUUCAAUGUCAACGUUAAGACGAUGAUGAAUAGCCUUAAUGCUGAUCUGCCGGGUGCCAGGUUUAUCUACGUAGACAUCGCUCGCCUUUUCGAAGACAUUGUGGCCAAUGCCGGAACAUAUGGGUUCAGCGUGGUGGACCGAGGGUGUUGUGGCAUCGGACGGAACAGAGGACAGAUAACGUGCCUUCCGUUCCAAACACCGUGUGAGAACAGAGAUGAAUACGUGUUUUGGGAUGCAUUCCAUCCGACUGAAAAGGUGAACAUCAUAAUGGCGAGGAAGGCCUUCAAUGGAGAUCCUUCCAUUGUUUAUCCCAUCAACAUUCAGCAGCUUGCCAAUCUUUGAUCUUUAACCGAAUUAGUUGCUACUAUGUAUCGGUCACUAUUUGGCUUAUUUUCUUUAAAUGUAUUU